AUGAAUUCCCACAACAGCCUCAGCGCCGCUUCAGACGAGCGAAAAGCGCGUCUAGCGAAGCUCAAAAACCUCAAACGAAAACAGCCCAUUGACGAAGUCGCCACUCCAGAAGGCGACAGAGAGGCAUCACCACCCGAAGCGCCUGAUGUUGCGAAGCUUCACCUUUCCGGCCGCAACUAUGACCCCGAGACAAGGGGCCCUAAGCUAGGAUUCGACGCGCCGCCGACGCUCGCACAAGAGAAGCCUACGUUAGAGGAGCAGGCUGCAGAGGUGGAAGCCGAGAUCAGGGAGCAAGCUGCCGAGGAGGCGCGAGACGACAAGGGCCUGGAUCUGUUCAAGCUGCAACCGAAGAAGCCGAAUUGGGAUUUGAAACGGAAUCUGGGCAAAAAAUUGGAGGUGUUGAAUGUGCGGACGGAUAACGCAAUCGCCAAUUUGGUUCGAGAACGAGUCUUGGGCGCUCAAAAGGCGGCCCAGAAGACGGCAGACGCAGGCAACGGCGACCUAGAUGGAGACGCUGCUGGCGUUGACGGCAUCGCUCUUGUGGAGGGUCUCAGGGUUCGCGAACAAGAAGAGCAGGAAGAAGAACAGAGAGAGCGCGAGGAAGAGGAAGCAUUGGGUUUGUGA